AAACUAGAGAGAGGACGUGUAGUUUAAACGUCUAGAAAACCUUGAAUUUUUCGUGAAAUAAAGCGAAUGUGAUGCCAGCAGUUACUGCAGAAACUCAUGAUUCAAGAAUGCCAGAUUCACCAAAUGAAGGGACAACACACCCUGCUCCACGACAUUCUGCUUCUCCUGUGACAUCAAGUGCAGCAGUAACUGCAGACACAAGAUCUGUUAGUUCUACAUCACCACAUGUGAAUGGUUCCCAUCCAAGCCCUUUGGGUACCACAUCACCACCCACUGUUGGCAGUGGCGUCAAUCAACUACCACCAGCAUGUGGUGCCAGACAACUUAGCAAAUUGAAACGUUUCCUCACAACAUUGCAACAAUUUGGCUCAGAUAUUUCGCCUGAGAUUGGAGAGAGAGUUCGUGGUCUUGUUUUAAAUUUGGUUAACUCUACUGUAUCAAUAGAAGAGUUUCAUCAACAAUUGCAAGAGGCCACAAAUUUUCCUUUGAGACCAUUUGUCAUUCCUUUUCUCAAGGCCAACUUGCCUUUGCUUCAAAGGGAAUUACUUCAAUGUGCUCAAAUGGCAAAGCAAACUCCACAUCAAUACCUUCAAAAUGCACAACUGUUGGAAGAUCGUGAGCCAACAUCUUCUGAACAAGCAGAUGUAAAUGGAGGGGAAUUUAAUGAAAAUGGCAAAAGAAAAUCUAUUGAUACUGCAAGACCAAAGGAAAAUGGCAGUGAUUUAGCAUCGGUAAUGGAUUCCAUUGAAAAGCUGUCUCCUGCUACUAAAAGACCAUGUUUAAGUACUGGUAGUACAGGAAGUUCAAGUGAAUCAUUCCCUAAAUCGCGUACGACCGAAUUAUUUGGUCAUGCUCCUCGUGAAGGAGAGCCUAGUUCUCAUGAUCCAUUUGGAGACCCCAAGAUUCCCAGCGACGUUGAUGAUUGGCGUCACGUGGAAACGAUGUUGCAGUGCAUUUUGGGUAUGGUAGAGAAGACAAAGCGAGCUAUUACUGUGUUGCAACAACGGACCACUCAAGAUCGCGACGAACUUGUUGCCUGGGCACGAAAAACCGCAGAGGAAGCAGAGCAAGAAGUGAAGAGACGUGCAAAUGAGCUUGUAUCAAAGACAAUCAAACAAACGGAAGAGAGAGUUUCUGACGUUAAACGACGCGCAGAAGAAGCCGUAAGUGAUGUAAAACGGCAAGCUGUUGUUGAACUACAGAAAGCUGUAAGAGCAGCAGAAGAGAAAGCCAACGAAGCUGUUGGACAAACACAAAGUAAAGUUGAUAAAGCUGUUAUGGAGGCAAGACGGCAAGCGAUUGAAGAAACAUUGGGAAUGAUUAACAGACAGACUGACUCCAGUGAGAACUGUUGGAACUGUGGACGUAAAGCCAAUGAAACAUGUAGUGGUUGUAAUUUGGCUCGAUAUUGUGGAGCAUUUUGCCAACAUAAAGAUUGGGAAAAUCAUCACAGAGUAUGCGGUCAACAAAUGUCGAAACCUAGUACAGCAGUUGAUGAUGGCAAGAAAGUUCCUACGUCAACUUCAGCACCGGGGAAAGAGUCGGGGAAGUUGACCCCUAGUCCUGGUUUAAACCGUCCUAAAAUUGCAUCACCUACCAGUACUGGUGAUCCUAUCACAUCCCUCAGUGAUUAUGUCAGAAAGACCCCUUCAACGUGAAACACCAGUUCGCAACAAUGGCUGUCGACAAACAGAAAGAAUGAAGAUGAAAACUUCAGCAAAAGUCUAAAAACACGCGUGUAGUUUUUAAAGCUGUUGCAGAGAGUGUUGUGGUUAAUAGCAUCGUGGGUUAGCUUAGAACACAUAUUUCCUCACAAUGAUGUAUACUCAUGGUUUGUUUCGCUGUAACUCAUUCAAAACCAGUAUCCCCCUACAGAAUGUCACAUAUAUAGGUAGCGUGUCAAUUAUUAUUCUUGAUCUGGAGAAUUAUCUAACGUAUAACUGUAAAUAAACUCACAACAGUUCCAUAACGACUGAGUGAUAUUCUGUUAGUGGGAUGUUACUUGUUCAUCUGAAGUAAUUAUGAAAACUUUAAUUGCUUCUAAUUGGGUGAAAAAUUGAUAUGGUUGUGUAAAUAUAUAACUUUGGUGUAAGUAAUAAUAAAAUUCAUUC